AUGCUUCUGGUAGGUGGGGGUCACAGCUAGCAGGUGGGCCACUGCAGAUAUAAAGUGCAUCCACACUUUUCUCACAGACGAGAGGAGAACGCCUGAAGAUGACUGCCGCCACCCUUACGUUCACAUUGCUUCUCUCUGUUGGUCUCCAAGGCCACGCUUGGGAUGGAAACAAUGAAAUAAACAGUUUGGAGAUUUCUCCAGACAACCUGGAAACUGGGGACGUCUGCCAGGACUGCACCAAAAUGUUUGAACUUCUAGUCAACAUGCUCUCUAACGCAGACCUACAGAAAAAGAUCACAGCAGGAAUUGACAGUCUGUGUGCACAACUGCCUGAAGCACCUGCCAAAAUCUGCAAACUAGAGGUGGACAAGAUGCUCCCAGUAGCCAUCACCUUCCUCACGGGGAUGGCAAAACCAGCAGAGAUCUGUAAACUGGUCGGCCUCUGUGGCUCCUCUGACUCACAGGAGAAGAUGCUGAGCUACUUAGUUCAGCAAACUCUUCAGGCUGCGGCGAAGCCUUCAACACAGUGCUCCUUCUGCGUUUUCCUCUUCAAGACUCUGGAGGAUCUGCUGCCUAGAGAGAGGACUGAGGGAGCUGUGAUCAAACUGUUCGAAGAAGUUUGUCACAUUGUGCCUUCGGCGCAUCGGGGUCAGUGUGAGGCCAUCAUCAGCAAGUACGGCAAGACGGUGCUGGACGCAAUCAUUGGCUACGCUACGCCUGAGGCCAUCUGCGCCCUCAUACAUCUGUGUAAAGGCCAGGAGGCUCCUGCUGUUGACCCGUGCACAGUGCCCACAUACCAAUGCAGAGACAUAAAAACGGCUGUUAAAUGUGGAACGGUUUCCUACUGUCAGAAAUUUGCCUGGAAGCCUCUGACCUAUGACGCCAUCUAAAACGUCACAGUUUUGAACACAAGCCAAGUCUCUGACAGCAUUUUCAUUUCGUCCUGAUUCAAUAUUUUAAUGCCUUUUCUGAUUUAUGCUUCACAUCUGCACCCAGGAGGAUUAUCUGGAUCAAGAGGUUAAAUUCUUCAUGUUCCACAGGAAUUCUGCAAACCCCACAUUUGUACAAAUCAGCUUGUUAUUCUGCGUCUCUUGGCUUCAGCGUAAUCUCUCACUAUCAUGUCAAAUAAAACCAGCUUUUUCUUAUCUGUC